UUUUUGGAAUUCCAUCUCCAGUUCUCAGUCGGCGUUUCCCGCCAUGGAAAUGGACGCAAGCAACAUUCUUCACAGAAAACAAUCGGUCUACCAAUUUCUGGACGAUGCCUUUGACAUCAGGAACGAGACAUACAAGGGUCAACAGUACAGCCAUAUAUACUUCGUUCGUCUGCAUCUGAUGCGAACCCUCAUUUAUUCUAUCACUCCUAACUGGAAGCCUAAUACACCCGUUUGUACAGUUUUGGGACUAGAAGAAGGCAAAGAAUGCAUUAUUGUUGGAACGUUGUACAAGCACAUGAAACUUAAGCCUUGCAUUCUCGAUGAGUACUCAAAGGAGAGGUCUGCUAUCCCACUAGUAAAACCACAUAACUUUGUGCAUCUGGAUGAUUAUUUGAUCUUGGAAGAUGAGAGUGGAAGGGUUAAACUACGGGGAGACACAUUAAUGCCUUCAAUAUAUGUGACAGGAAUUGUGAUUGCUGUGCUUGGCAAGGAGACUGGUGCUGGUGAUUUCUGGGUUGAUGAAGUCCUAGAAGCAGGUUUACCUGACCAGAUUGAGCGGCCACUUAAUUCAGGGGAAGACAAAUAUGUAGUUUUUGUUUCAGGACUGAGCAUAGGUUGCACUACCGCCAACCCUCUCCAGUUUCAGCUUCUUGUUGAUCAUAUCACAGGGCACCUAGGAGAUGAAAAGGAACAAAGUAUUGCGGCUGAAAUUGUUCACGUGGUAAUUGCUGGCAAUUCUAUUGAAAUUCCUAGUGGACUACUUAAUGGGCAGAAUUUGGCUUCAAAGGACCAAUCUAAGUUAUUCGAGCCAAUCAAAGAGUUGGACAUCUUGCUGACUCAGAUUGCAGCUGGAGUACCCAUUGAUAUCAUGCCCGGACCCAAUGACCCAGCAAAUUUUUCCCUGCCCCAGCAGCCUCUUCACAGAUGCCUUUUCCCUGGGUCAUCAACAUAUAACACAUUUAGGUCAUGUACUAAUCCUCAUUCCUUUCAACUUGACGAUGUCAGAUUUCUUGGAACAUCUGGCCAGAAUAUUGAUGAUUUAGACAAGUAUUCUGAGGCAACCGAUCAACUUGAAUUUAUGGAACGCACAUUGAAGUGGCGCCAUUUAUCACCAACAGCACCAAAUACCCUAGGCUGUUAUCCUUUUACUGAUAGAGAUCCAUUCUUUAUUGAGAGCUGCCCCCAUGUUUAUUUUGUUGGUAAUCAAGAUAAAUAUGGGACCCGAUUGAUAAAAGGAUCUGAGGGUCAGUUGGUUAGACUUGUUUCCAUUCCCAAAUUCUGUGAGACUGGUGUUGCAGUAAUGUUGAAUAUGAGAAACCUUGAAACCCAUACACUCUGUUUUGGGACUCAAAUCAGCUCAUAAUUUCAAGGAAGUUCAGAUUUUGGUGAAGGUCCUUGUUAGGUUUCUUCUAUGACUCUGCUCUGCACAACUGGGGAAAACCGCAAAAUAGAUUUAUGAAAGUUUGUUGUAUUAGUAUGUUUAGCAUUGAAUUCUCCUUAGCUAGCUAGCAGUGAACUAAAACAACUUGCUAUAUGGGAAUCUAUUUACUAGUUACUAUUGUAUUCUUCUUCCGAGUGGUCAUUUAAUCUAUCCUGGUUGUUCUAAGGCA